CAGACGCAAGGAUGUGAGGCAUGCGCGUCCCUUGCCAGGACGACAUAUAGAACAAGACCAGAUAACGGAGGAAACAACAACAAGACUAGUGAUAUUGGCGAGCGCCCCCACACGUCUCCACCUGACCACUCCCCUGGCAGUGCUCCCUUUGAUGAGCAAACGCAAGCCAGAGCUCACAGGCCAGGCCAGGAUGGGAUGCACCCUGACUGCCCAGGACAAGGUGGCCCAGGAGAGGAGCAAACACAUAGACCGAAACCUGCGGGACGACGGAGACAAGGCAUCCAGGGAGGUGAAGCUGCUUCUCCUGGGUGCAGGGGAGUCAGGGAAAAGCACCAUCGUAAAGCAAAUGAAGAUCAUCCACGAGGCUGGCUACUCGGAGGAGGAGUGCACCCAGUACAAGGCGGUGGUGUACAGCAACACCAUCCAGUCCAUCAUAGCCAUCAUCAAGGCCAUGGAGCGCCUCAAGAUCGACUUCGCUGACCCAGCCAGUGAGGAUGAUGCCAGGCAGCUGUUUGUCCUGGCCGGCUCUGCGGAGGAGGCCCUCAUGACGGGGGACCUGUCCGGCAUCAUCCGACGCCUCUGGAAAGAUGGUGGUGUGCAGGCCUGCUUUGCUCGUUCACGCGAGUACCAGCUCAACGACUCAGCUUCCUACUACCUGAAUGACCUGGAGAGGAUCUCCAGUGGCAACUAUGUCCCCACGCAGCAGGACGUCCUACGGAGCAGGGUGAAGACCACGGGCAUUGUGGAGAGCCACUUCACCUUCAAGGACCUGCACUUCAAAAUGUUUGAUGUGGGAGGGCAGAGGUCAGAGCGAAAGAAGUGGAUCCACUGCUUCGAGGCGGUGACAGCCAUCAUCUUCUGUGUGUCCAUGAGUGACUACGACUUGGUGUUGGCUGAGGAUGAGGAGAUGAACCGGAUGCAUGAGAGCAUGAAGCUGUUUGACAGCAUCUGCAACAACAAGUGGUUCACCGACACCUCCAUCAUCCUCUUCCUCAACAAGAAAGACCUGUUUGAAAACAAGAUCAAGAAGAGCCCGCUCACCAUAUGCUUUCCAGAAUACAAAGGAGGGAACACGUAUGACGAGGCGGGAGGGUUCAUCUUGAACCAGUUCGAGGAGCUGAACAAGAGGAAGGACACCAAGGAGAUCUACACCCACUUCACCUGCGCCACUGACACCAAGAACGUGCAGUUCGUCUUCGAUGCCGUUACAGAUGUCAUCAUUAAGAACAACUUAAAAGACUGUGGCCUCUUCUAA